CAUCAAAACACAGGCUGAUAUGCAUAAAGAGUCAAGACAUUAAAAUGGAUGGAGAGGGACUUGUUGUCCUCAUAAAAGUUUGUGAGAUUUAGCCUUUUCUCCUCCCAUACUAAUGCUUUUCAAUAUCACUUCAGUGUGUAUAUGAACCACUUAAGUUCAAUACCUCAAUGAUACAUCCUCAUGGCAUCAGCUUCCACCAGUAUUUCAAGCAUUAAAGCUUUUGCAGAAUCAAACGGAGCCUCUCCCAUCCCUUCCAAUUACCACUCGUUUACAGAUAUUGAUGAUGUUGCAGUUGCAGAUGAACUUGCAGCUUCCAUUCCAGUCUUUGAUUUUUCUCUCCUCACUUCAGAUGAUCCUCAAAUCCACGCCAAAGCUGUUCAAGAACUCGCCAAAGCAUGCGCUGAAUGGGGCUUCUUCAUGCUCAUAAAUCAUGGAGUUCCAGAGAGUCUAAUGGAAGAGUUGAUGAAAAAAUCUCAAGAGUUUCAUGAUUUGCCGGUGGAGGAAAAAAUGGAGUUUUGUGAUAAUGGUGAUCCUUUCUCACCCAUCAGGCAUGGUAAUGGGAAGUAUUCAAGUGUGUUACAUCGUGCAAUCUUGAACAACAAGGACACUAGAAUUAGUGUUGUGGUGUUGAAUGGACCUGCACAUGACAAAGAAAUUGGACCUGCCCCUCAACUAUUGGAGAAAGAAAAGCCAUUGUUUAAGAGUAUUAAGUAUGGUGAUUAUUUCCUAGUUCAACAGAAGUCGCGGUUUUCAGAGGGAAGGACCUUGUACCAGAUUCGAAAUACUACUUUACAAUGACAUGUAUGAUACUAGUGUUAAACACUUGUACAAUACAAAAACAUAAGUGCAGCUAUACUGUUAUAAUAUGGAAUAUAUAAAUGAUACUCAUUAAUAUUAUGUGUAGUAUGAUUAUGUUUAUAUCUUUAGGAGAAUUGAUACAGUGUUUAUAUAUCGAAUUAUGGGAUAGGUGCAAUAA